GACGAGAGUUGAUGCAUAUGCAGUUGGUGUGUGGUUCGGGCCAGUGUUACAAAUAAAACUCUUGUUAAAUUUUAAAGAUUUUUAAAAUUAAAUUUAAAAAUUACUUGAGUUUUAAUAAAUUAAUAAAAUAGCCAGUAUAAAUAAUGAAGUUUAUUUUAGUUGUAUUUUUAUUUUCAAUGAAUUUACGAGAAAAUAAUUCUGAAGGAUGUUAUAAAAAUCAAUCAUUAUUAUUUGAUGAAUGUAUGAUAAACUUUUUGCCAAAAGUAAUGGAUCGCUUGAAGGAUGGCAAAAUAUUAAAUGAUAGUAAUUUUUUAAUGGAACCAUUAUCCAUGAAAAAUAUUACAGUUGACAGUAAAAAUUAUUUAUACACAAUAAAAGAUAUUGAAAUACAUGGUCUUGUUAAUGAUUUAAAAAUUGAAAAAUUUUUAGUCGAUUGGCAAAAUAAUAUAUUUUAUCUUGAUACUUAUAAUCCAAUGGUAACUAUCGAUGGUAAAUGUUAUUAUGAAAAGACUGAUACUGAAUAUAAAAUUAAUGGACAAAUGUGUAGUAUUAAACUUGAAAAUUUACAUACAAGUCAUGUCAUUGCAGUCAUUCAAGGAAAGGCCAAAGCAAGUAUUAAAAAUUGGGAGAUUUCAUUGAGUCCAGUAUCUGUUUUUACAAAUGAACCAGAAAAAUUUGGAAAGCCAAUUUUGGGAUUUUUAUCAUCCAUGAUGUUUGGUAGUAGUAUUUCGGGGGAAAUAUAUGAAGAAAUUCAACAAAGUCUUGAAGAUUCAUUGAGUCGUAAAUUUAUAAAACUUGCUAAUGAAAUUUUGGAAACACCCUUAGAAUCGUUAUCUAAUUUGUAAUUUAAAAAAAAAAAUAAAAAUAUUUGUAUUUUAGUAAAAAUAAAAUCAUACAAAAUAAAAA